AUGUUGGGGCUGGUCAUCGAGAGGGAAACGGUGCCGCUGCCGGUGCCGUGCUACUUGGGCAAGGCCAUCCUGCCGAUCAACGUGGCGAUCUUCCUGGAGUCGCCGGGGCCUGUAUUCACGGGGCUGCCGCCGACCUUAAGGGAGGUGCCGUACUGCCUGGCGCUCCUCUUUGUGAUGCUGGGGCCGAUCGUCAUGAGGGAAACGGCGCUGCUGCUGGAGCUGGAGCCGCUCCCGCCGUCCUUCGAGGAAAUGCUGUUCUGCCCGGUGAUCUUCACGGGGAUGCUGGGGCCGAUCGUAAAGAGGGGGCGGUGCGGCUGCAGGAGCCGUGCUUCUUGGCCCUGGCCUUCCUGCCGAUCAACAUGGCGUUCCUCCUGGAGUCGCUAG